UUUCUUUUUAAGCCGCCGCUAAACGCUGCCGUUUAGUCUGUGCUCAAAUCGAUGACCCCCGCCUCCCUGACUUUAGAACAACCCACGAAGAACGUUUCAGAAGUUCGAAAAAAAAAGAAAAAAAAUCAAAGCCUCAAAAAAAAAAAAAAAAAGGAAAAAUAGAAUCCAAAUUUGUCAAAUGAUAAACAGAAUUACAGAAAUUUGACUACGCGGGGUCGUGAUAUUGCUUUAGUAGCUCGAAUUUGUUAGCAAAAUUUAGCGGGUUUUCGUCGAGACAUGGCGGCAGAAACGAAGUCGUUUUUGGCGCCGACGCAGAGGUACGCGGCGGGAGCAUUGUUCGCAAUCGCUGUCCAUCAGGCUCAGAUGCAUCAGACCCGUCCUCUGGGACUUCCCACCGAGGAUGAUGAUCCUUCCUCUGAGGAGCGAAUGAGUAGCAGUAGCAGCAGCGACUCCGUCUCCGAAGAUCCUGAACUUUGGGUCCACGGAAACUCAGGUCUGCUCCGACCCAUUUUCAGAUUUCUAGAUAUUGACUCUGCAGCAUGGCUUGGACUUGAAGAAACUGCUGGAUCUUCUCCAGCCAAACAUCAUGUCGGAGCAGUAUGUCCUUGUUUUCUAUCUCUAAUUUACCAUGUAUUGUUACAGUUCUUGAGGUUGCUAGCUGAAGAAAGCGGGGAUGGUUCUUCGGAAAGAUUGGAUCAGGAGGUUGCUCUGUCAAAAGCUGUUGAUACUAUGACACUUGGUAUGGAAACAAAUUCUGAAUCCUCCAAGGUUAAAAAAGAGAAGCAUCGUGAGUAUGAACAUGAAUAUCGUGAGAAAUAUUCCACUGCUGAGGUGCCAUCAAAUUCUGAAGUGGCAAACCGACAGAUAGAGACUACGCAGGAGAGCAAUACUUAUGUGCAUUGUGGGAGUGAUGAACUUCAUGUGCUGGGUGGUAGUUUGGAUGAGAAACCUGCUGAAGAGGUUGGAAUGCUUAGUUACCAGAGGAAAGUGACGGUUCUUUAUGAGCUUCUUUCAGCUUGUCUUGCAGCUGCAGAUACUCGUGAAGAUAACAAAAGAUAUACCCGACGAAGAAAAGGCUAUGAUGCUCGACAUCGUGUGGCUUUGCGGUUGCUGGCAACUUGGUUUGAUGUUGAGUGGAUAAAAAUGGAAGCCGUUGAGAUGAUGGUUGCUUUCUCUGCAAUGGCUAUAGUAAAAGAGAAAGAAGCAAAAGAAGAAGAAUCCCAAUCUUCCGAAGGCAAAUGGGCGAAAUGGAAGCGUCGUGGUAUCAUUGGUGCUGCUGCAAUAACUGGAGGAACAUUAAUGGCCAUUACUGGCGGGUUAGCUGCCCCAGCAAUUGCUGCAGGAUUUAGUGCCCUAGCUCCAACAUUAGGCACUAUAAUCCCUGUGAUUGGAGCAAGUGGGUUUGCUGCAGCUGCAAGUGCUGCUGGAACUGUUGCAGGUUCUGUUGCUGUUGCUGCAUCAUUUGGAGCUGCUGGUGCUGGACUUACCGGUACUAAAAUGGCUAGGAGAAUUGGAAGUGUUGAUGAGUUUGAAUUUAAAGCUAUUGGAGACGACCACAACCAGGGCCGACUAGCAGUUGAGAUUUUGAUCUCUGGGUUUGUUUUUGAUAAGGAAGAUUUUAUUAGGCCAUGGGAAGGACGGAUUGACAACAUGGAAAGGUUUGUGUUGCAGUGGGAGUCCAAGAAUCUGAUUGCAGUGAGCACUGCAAUUCAGGAUUGGCUAACUUCAAGAAUUGCCACGGAGUUAAUGAGGCAAGGUGCAAUGAUGACAGUUUUAAGCACACUUUUAACGGCAUUGGCAUGGCCAGCAGCAUUGCUUGCAGCUACUGACUUUAUAGACAGCACGUGGUCAAUUGCCGUGAACAGAACGGAUAAAGCAGGAAGGCUGCUUGCUGAAGUUUUAUUGAAAGGUUACCAAGGUAACAGGCCUGUGACACUCAUUGGUUACUCACUUGGAGCACGAGUGAUUUUUAAGUGUCUUCAAGCCUUGUCUGAGACUGAACAAAAUGCUGAACUUGUAGAAAGAGUUGUUCUUCUUGGAGCACCCAUUUCUAUUAAAGGCGAGAAUUGGGAAGCUGCAAGAAAGAUGGUAGCUGGAAGGUUUAUAAAUGCUUACUCCACAAAUGAUUGGAUGCUUGGAGUAGCCUUUCGUGCAAGUCUACUCACACAAGGAUUAGCUGGAAUUCAACCAGUUGGUCUGCUGGGGAUUGAGAACGUUAACGUAACAGAUUUGAUCGAAGGUCACUCAUCCUAUCUAUGGGCUACUCAGCAGAUUUUGGACCGGCUUGAACUUGAUGUUUACUAUCCUGUCUUCAAGAGCACUCUCCAUGAAUGAUAAUACUCAAGUUUCUCUUCAAUUUCUUGUGGUUAUGCUCAGCCGCGUAGGUAAAAUUUUGCUUUAUUCUUUCCAUAUCUUCAUAAAGAAUGCGACUCUGAACUCAAUAGCAGGGUCAGGCAUGCUGGUGCUGCUGAAUCUGGAGCUUCUCCUGUGGGUCUGCAUUUGUUGUUUAUAAUUCCUUCUUGCUCUGUGUAUACUACUACUACAAUAGCUUGCUUGCAAUUUGAGCCAAAAAUGAAGAAGAAGAUGUAAACUCAAUACAUUACUGAAAUAGUAAAUAAUCAUGGUUUUCAUUUAUCA